AUGAAGGGCAUUAAGAAAAAUUAAGUGAUGCCUAGAGCCCCUAGCUUAAGUAAGCUGAAAAGGUCAAGCGCCACUCAUGAUUUAGCUCCAGUAUCAAGGAAUUUAGAAGAUGAAGAAAUUUCAUCAAAUGAAGAAGAAGGAUUAGUGAGAAAUAAUAAAUCAUUAAUUAGUUAAAGGGAGGAAAAGCAAAAUCAAACAUAAAAAAAAGUAGAAUUUGAAGAAGAUUUAAAUAAAAUAAAUGAGAAUUGCAAUGAAAGUGAAAAAUUAAUAUUAGGUGAGACCAAGAGUAUUGGAGGAUCAUUGUUGAUUUUUGAUAAAAUAAGUUAAAAAAGUAGAAAUAUAAAGAUUUAAAGGUCUAUCAGUAAAAUGCAUAAUAGUCAUAUCGAAGAAGCCUAUUAAGAUUCAAGAAGUUUAGAUAAUCAUGCAGCAUCUAGCAGCUUUAACAUAGAGUAGAAAAAGGCUUUAUUGUUAUAGCAAAAUAGUGCGGCUGUAUCUGAAAAUCUUUUAUCUUCAAAAGACAAUGAUAAUAAUAAUAACAAUAAUAAUCAUGCAGUAUCUAUGUCACUUUUAUCAGCAUAGAAUUUGAAUCCCCUAUUAUCGCCUGUAGGAAUAAAAAGCAGUACAAAUGUAUUAAAUAAUAAUUAGCAAAAAUCACAUUUUGCUUCUCUCUUCAAUGCACAUAAGUCUAAUAUUAGUAAAUCUGGAACUAUAAUACCUUUUGGAACAAAAGACACUAACAACCUUAUUCGGAGUUCAAAUACUAAAGAUGGUUUAGUAAAGUUUAUGAGUACUAUGCAAUCUUAACCCUCUAUUUUGAAGAAGAAAAAAACACUUAGUGAAAAAUCACAAGGCGGAUGGAAUGUAUUAGGAAAAGUGUUGAUUAUUUUACGAUUUAUGAAAUAACUCAAACGAUCUUCUAUUUACUACAAUUUUCAUAAUCUGAAGUUAAUGCAUUACUAAAUGAUAGGUGAUAAAGCGAAUAUCGAUAAAGAUGAAAAAGAUAGACUUAGAAACAAUACAAUUUUGAAUAAAUGCUAGAAGUUUAUUAUACCAGUGAUGAAGAAAUUUUCUUCAGCAAUAAAGGUUUAUUAGCCUGAUAAUAUUUGGCUGCUUGUAUUUUAUGAUGUGAUUAUUUUGGGGUUAACUAUUUUAACUGCAUUUUUUGAAUUGAUAAUUAGCAGUUUUAAUGGCUUUUAAGGGUAUGAAAUAGUGACGCCUGGCUACUAAAUUUUACGCAAUGUAUGUGGAGCACUUUAUUUAAUAGAAAUUUUGAUUCGUAUGAAUACAGCUAUUUAUAAAGAAGGAAUUAUAAUAUUUAGUAGAGAAUCGAUAUUUAAAAAUUAUAGCCGAAUUUAAUAUUUUUGGAUAGAUUUAAUUAUUUUAAUAAGCAUUUUAAUCAUCUUCAACAAUUACAUACUAUCUUUAAUAUUUUUUGUUUUGAGAUGUAUUAAGAUAAGUCGCUUAUCAUAGGAUUUAAAUGAUCAUUUUAGAAUUUGGUAUCGUUUUCCCACUGGUUGGACCUUGACAAAGCUAUUUUUUAUGAUUAUAGCGUUAGCCCAUUUCUGGGGUUGCUAAUUUCAUUACAUUGGUCGUUUGGAAUACGAAUCUGGAAUGAAUAGCUGGAUGAUAAAACAACAAUUAAUUGAUGAUUAUUGGUGGAUUAAAUACAUAAAUUCUUUUUAUUUUACAACUAUUUCAAUUGUUACAAUUGGAUAUGGUGAUAUAGCGCCAGUAACAACUAUUGAGAAACUAUACUGUACAUCAGUAGCAGUUCUUGGUUCUUGCUUCUUUAGUUAUAUUGUUAAUACAAUUGGUUCUAUAUUCUAAGAAAUUUCUAACAAGGAAGCAGCUAUAAAGUAGUAAAAGAACAAUAUCUCAGAUUAUAUGGCUAAAAGAAACAUCAACUAAAAGCUGCAACUUAAAGUUAUUAAGUAUUUAGAUUACACUCAUUCAAGACAAGCAGAUGGACCUCUUAAAGGAUAAAUGAUAUUAAAUACAAUAGCUAAAAAUCUUAGAGAAGAAGUUUAACUUGAGUAUUUUGGAAAUAUUUUAUAAAACACUCGAAUUUUUAAAAACAAUUUCUCAUAAGAUUGUUUAAGAGCAUUAUCUUUGAAACUCAAAGAAAUCAUGUAUGGUCCAGGAGAAGUUAUAUUUCACAAAGGAGAGCUUGACUAUAAAAUAUUUUUUAUACAAACUGGAGAAGUAUCCCUCUUUUUAGAAAAAGAUGGUGGUGAAAUCUUUGAAAUGGCAAAGUUAUCAAAAGGAUAGUAUUUUGGUCAGUUUGGGUUUUUUGGAUGCAAACCUAGAGAAAUAGCUGUUAAAUGUCGUGAUAUUACGCAUUUAGUUUAUUUAGAGAAUGAGGACUUUAUUUCUGUUAUAAAAAAUUAUUAAGAAGAUUAUGAAAAAUAUUAUAUGAUGAAAGAUGAGAUCAACUUCAAAGACAAAAAGCUAAGUACGAAAUGUAGUUCUUGUGGAUCUUAUGAUCAUACUAUAGUUGAUUGCAGUUUGGUCACUCCUCAUUUUAAUAGAUUUAGAAUUAUGAUUAAAUAUAUUUAUCCUGUAAUUUAGAAUAGAUAGGCUCUUAUUAGAGAAAGAAAUAAGUUUAACUCACUUUAAAAAAAUUAUAAUGUUAGAGAUGAUUUAAAGAAAGUGAGGAAUAACUUGGCUCUAAAAUUUUUAUAAUCUGAAGAAAUAGACGAAGUUAGUGAUGAAAAUGAGUUCAGUGAAGAAUAUGAUUAAAUAAAAUAAAAUCAGUAAAUGGAUGAUAAAGAGUAUUUUUUAAAGUAAAAAAUGCAAUUUAGGUAUGUCGAUGGCGAAAUAGUCAAUUAUGAAAGUGAGAAUACCCAUAAUUGCAUGACAGAUGAUAAUUAAUCUCUCGUUACUGACUAGCAAAACCAGUUUGGUAGCCAACAAACACUAUAACUAAGAGAAAGUGGCAUUAGCUAAAAUGAUUCAGUUCCUGAAAUAGUUGUUCAAAGAAAAGAAUAAAAACAAUUAAGUAUCAUCAAGAAUAACUAUAAUCCAUACCUAAGAUAGAAUAGUGUUGUUUAAAAGCAAAGUCUAUUUAGAAUGGAAUCACUUGCUGCCUUAUCUUCUGAUAUUAAUAGAGAUGAUGCUGCCGAUGUACUUUCCAAAGGAUAGGGAUCUACUUCCCAAUUGCCGCAUACUAUUGCUGGAGGAUAAUAUGGUUAAAAUUAUAAUUAAGAUCAACAAAAUAAUUUUGAUACCAAUACAGAGAGGUCUUAGAAUUUUUAUACAUAAGGGCCAUACGAAAACACAAGUAAUGUGAACAGUGUUAAUAUAAAUGCAACUCCUCGAUAAGCUGGUGGAAGUAGUGCUAUAGGUAGUGGCUAUUUGACCUAAUAAAAUAUUGCUGCUGCUACGAACACAGUAGAGAGUACUCCUUAAAAAUAAUCUUUUGACUAAAGUCUGGAUGAAAAUAAGAAUUAAUCAACCGCUGCAUAAGCUAAUUAGCACUCAAGUGAACAAAAAAAGCUAACACACUAAUAGCUUUAACAAGUUAAAGAAAAACUCUAAAUGCUUAAUGAGAAGUAAAAGAAAAAUUAAAAAAAAUCAAUUCCUAGGACAAGAAAAAAAUAGGUCAGCAUCUAAAUUUAAGGAAAGAUUUUAGAUAAAGAAAAAUCCUCAAGCGAAAGUUAUCUUGAAGAAGAAGAAGAUGAUGAUGAUGGUGAUGUUGAGCAAAAUGUAGUAAAGACAAAACCUUUUAUACAUGAAAAUUUUCCAAACAAAGAUUUAAUUGAAGAAAAGCUAGAAAUAAAUGAGCAGUCUUCAGAAAAUAUUCAAGAAAUAAAAAAUAGUAUUUAAAAUAUUAAAAUUAGCUAGUUUUCGAGCAGCCCAUAAAAUCACAAAGACAGCCAUCUUCACCAUAAAAAUUCUAAUUUCAAUUAAGAUGGUCAACUUAAUUAAAACAAUAUCGAAGACACAAUAUAACAGUAGCAAUCUUAAUCAUCUAUUCAAGAAAAGAUAAAUAAAAAAUUAGUAAGUUAUUAAUAAGGAGAGAGAAUACUUGAGAGAAAAAGUGAAUAGAGCAUGUAUGAUGUGGAAGCAUCUUCUUUAACCUUAGUUAACCACUAAUUUUUGUAAAACCAGAAAAGCAACAACACAGUAAAUUAAUCUUAAAAUCCAUAGUCUAACCCCAGCAAUACUAAUAUUUUAGAAGAAUAAAAGUAGAGCUUGAAAAUAGAUAUCAAUUCUUUACAAUAAUACGAAAGCAGCUCUUCCCCAAGCUUUUAGCAUAAACAAUACAGAAAUUCUAACUUUUUUGGCUUUAACAAGUAAAAUACAGGAAGUGAAUAGCACAGCUAGGAAUUAGAAGCUGUAAAUUACUCUCCUUAACCUAAAAUCAGCUUGGAUUCACCUUAAAACGUGGAAAAUAAAGUUUAAACUCAAGAAGAUAAUUUUAAACUUAGCAAUUCUUAUCAUACCAAUACAGAAAAGUCUGAAAUAGAUAUUAAAAAUUCACCUGUUAAAACUCCAACUCAUAGAAGGAUAACGAUUUAAGCAGAAAAGAUAUUUGGAAACAAUAUCCCUUUUGAUACUCAAGAAAGUAAUUAGGAUGAUUUAGGUACUUGCAGCCAAAACAAAAGAAAUACUGAUGAAAAUGAGAACUAAGAUAUUUUGUUAGAAAACUAUUAAUUUGAUAAAACAGAUAAAUUGAAAUAGUAGCAGGGAAGUUUUAAAAGUAAAAAUAACUUCUUAAAUAUUGGUUUAGGAGAAUUAGCUACUGUUUAAGAAAUACUUACAAAAAAUUCGCAGGAUGAUGAAAAUACAUCACCAGGUUAAAAUAAUGAAGAUAUGAGAAGAUUUUCUUCAAGAAGUGAUUAAUUAAAGAAUAAUUCUCCUUUGCUAAUUUAAAUGAAAAAAUCAAUAUCUUAAAAUCCAGAAAAAGAAGAAAUUAAAAAUCAUUUAAAUUAGAAAGACUAUUUAUUAAAUAGAAAUAAUUUAUAAUUAAUAAAUGAGAAUAGCAUUGAGUAAUCUCAGAUUACGCCUAAGAAGGCAAAUACGGUAAUUAUCAAUAAUAACUAAGCCGCUAAAAAUGAUAAUGUUUAAAGUUCUUACUCUUCUCCAAUUAAUAAAAAUAAUUAGCAAAACCCAUUAAUAAGCAACUUUAUCUAAAAAGAAGGAUAAUAAAUGAAUAAAAUUAUGAGAUAAAACUCUCUUUCUUUCAUACCAGGCAAUUUUAACACAAACGACAUGAGAAAAUUAAUUGCAUAUAAUAGAGCUAACUCAAAAUAGUAUUUCUAGAUGCAAGAUGAUUAGGUUUAAGGUGCAGCAUUGUAUGGAAUUAACAAUUAUGGAUAAGCGCCAAUGAAUCACAUAAAUAAAUAAAUUUAACCUCUAUAAGCUAUCAAGAAUAGAAAGAUGAGCUCAGUUUAAAGUCAAAAUCAGCUAAAUAGCCCCUCACAUUAGGUUAGUUCAACUAAGAAAAAUGCAGCCUACCCUCCUGUUGCUGAUAGUUUUUCUUAGUAGGUAAUGUAUCACUAGAAAUAUAUUUAAAAUAAAUAACUUCUGAAAUCUAGGAAUAGCAUUUAAGUUAACUAAUCGUUUGUCAAUAAUCAACCCUUAUAUGAUAACAAUCCUAACACCACUAACGGUGGCUAUAACACACCUAAAAAAAAAUAAUCAGGAAUAGGUACAAGAUUUGGAAAGGGAUAAUAAUUUAGUAGUUCUACUUAUGGGUAAGUAAAUAGUGCAAGUAACUCUAAUCAUACAUCUUUUGCACACAAUAGCAAUAACUAUAAUCGUGCUAGAAUGACUUCAUGGGCAAGCGUUAACAACAACAACUACAAUAAUAAUAAUAUGAACAAUGGCCAACCUAAACCUGACAGCUAGACUAAUUUUCCAGAAGAUUAAUAUGAUGAAGAGAUGGUUGAAUAUGAAAGUGUUUCAAAUGCUGACUUCUUUAUUUAUGACUUUGAUUCUAUGAAAGAAUACAAAAAGUAUUAUCCUUAACACAAUUAUAAAAGAGUUCUCACAGAUUGUCUACGCUCAAGAAAGCCAUUUAUUUCUAAUAAAUCUAUUCAUAACAACCCUUUCAUCCAAAAAUUAAUGAGUAAAAAGAAAAAAAUUCCCAGACGUUUACCAAGUUUGAUGAAGUAAUAUGAUAAAGAUUAAAAAGAUUGA